AUGUUUUCACAAGGUAACUUUGAGGAUGCGGACAAAGCGAGUGAUUACACCGAUCAACAGUUUGAUUUGCGUCACACCAUACCAGGAGAGCCCGGCGUGGACUAUCCCAUACUGAGCGAGGUGCCCAAGACGAGCUUCGUCUGCAAGGGCCGUCAUGAAGGUUACUAUGCGGAUGUGGAAAGUCGCUGUCAAGCGUUUCGCAUUUGCGCUCACACGGCACGCAGUGCCCAGGGUUUUGGGUUUCUGUGUCCCAAUGGCACCAUUUUUAGCCAGCAGAAUUUUGUGUGCGAUUGGUAUCGCAAUGUGGACUGCGAUCAAUCGGAGCGCUACUAUGACAUGAAUCGUGACAAUAGCGUUGGAAGCACGCAGCAAAUGAUGGAGCGGGUACGUCAAAUGAUGGAGUAUCCCACCCAGACCGUAACGAAGGCGCUGCAGGAGCAGGAUCAGCACAUUACCCAUCAUACGCUCAGCAAGGAUCUGAGCAGUGCUAGUGGCGUCUUGACCCAGUCCACUGACGUCAGCGCCGAAGAUCAUAUACUGCGUGGUGAGGACAUCAAGAGCGAAGCUCUGCCGGCACCAGCAGCAACUGAAGAAGCAACACCUGCAGAUGGCGACGACAUCUAUGUGAAUAGUCUGGGUGAGCUUUCGUCCGAUCCGGGCAUUCAGUUCGAUCACACAAAUGCGCACAUCAUUGCCGAAUAUCCACGUGAGUAUCACUACAUGAAGCAGAAGAACUUUGCGGAGCGUGUCAAUACCGGCUUGGAGCUGCCUAGCGACACCUCAGCUGCAUCCAAUGAGCAAAUGGCCCCCGACUACAUCAAGCAGAUACGCAACACCAACGAUGAAGCCACACAGCUGGAUUUGGUGUCCAACAUUAACAAUCUGCUGGAGGAUGUAGUCACCGAUUUGGAUCCCAGUAUCUCCGGCUAUCAAUUAAUGACUCCGCACAAGGUGAAGCAGCCAUUUCGAUUUCUAAGUCGAGGUUUUUCCAUGCAAGCGAAAACUGAUGAUGAUAAGGACGGGAGCUCAUCCUAUUUAUACAAUAAACCCAAGCAAACACCGGGCACAGUCAGAUUUACGCCCAAUGAGAUACCCAUUGAUGCUCACAAAGAACACAAGCAUAAUUUCAACAAUAAUGAUAAAACCACAAGUACCACCACAACCACUGAAAUCCCCACAACUGACGAGAUCGAAGGUUUGCUAAUAGCACCUGACCUGCCGCCAGAGUUUGAAGAAGACACCACUAGUUCCACAAUUGACACCACAACUGAGGAAGCUCCAGUUGCUCCUAGCUACAUCAGUGAGCUCCCACUUAUAGAAUCCAUAGGCCAAGCAGCUGCACUGACCGCCAGCAUAACGUUGGGCGAGAAUCUACAGCAGCUGCAGAAUGAGCCACAAAGUGCCGCCGAGGCUGAUAAGACGGAUGUGGAUGUGCAGGCGGAGAAACUGCUGCUUGCGGGCGUCAAACAGACCUCACACGACGAGGAGUCAGCAUUGCGUAUCAAUCAACAAACGCAGCAGAAGCCAGAAAGCACCACUAGCAGCACCACAGCUACACCAAUAACCACACCAGCCAUGCUCACCUCCACAGAAACCGUGACGGAGAUUAGCAGCACUCAGGAGCGCAUUCGCAGCUAUCGACGAUUUGCACAAAAGCGAGUUGUUGGCCCGGGUGGUGCAUUACGGCGACAAGUGAAUACUCCACGCAGCACAACGCCCACCACAAGUAAAAGCACCACACAACGCUCAACAGCUGCUACGCGCAGCUACUUAGAACGACUGGCUGCAAGUCGAUUGCGUCUAUCGCGUCUAUCACUUGCUACUAAGCCAACAACAAAAGCAACAACAUCAGCAACCACACCUAUCCCGACCACAACAACAACCCCUACGGGCUCGCCCUUGUCCUUUGUAGGCUCUAGCGGCGAUCAGGGUCCCAAUAAGAAGAUUUCCGUGCGCGAUAUUGAUAAGGAAACGGCUCAGUCGCAGCCAAGCUGGGACAGUGUUCAGAGCAAUUUGCAGCGCUUUCAAGUGCAGCGAGGCAAUCGUGUCUACACUCCAGCCACACGCUCCACAAGCAGUAGCAGCAGCAGAAACACAGCCAGACCAACCACCAGCAGACCCACUAUUACGACAUCCGUUCAACGUAGCCGCAGUCGUCAUUCCAAUUACCGAACUCAACCACAGCAGCAGCGAACACGAGCCACAACCACGCCACGUAGCACCACAACAACACAACGCACCACUGCCGCCGCUGCAUUGUCUACACUAUCACAGCAAAUCUCUGCUUUAGCCAGCGGCUAUAGUUAUACUCCGCCACUUAACCCACUUAAUAUACACAUUCAAACACACAACCACAAUAAUGCACCCACAACCGCUGAAACACAUACUGCAAGCGCCUCACCACAACAGCAACAACAGCAAAUACAGCUGUCACAAACCACUUCAAGUCUAAAUCCUUCCUCUGCUUUCCUGCCAUUUGAUAAGUUAACGCGUGCUAUUGUUGAUGACUCCAUUUUACAGAACUUUAAGAGCAGCCACGCCCACAGAACAACAAAUGCUAAUGGCUACAGCAGAAAUUCCCAGCAACCACAACGCUCCACGAAGCCAACAACAAGCAACAGCUAUCACUAUCCUAAGCCAGCAGUAACAGCAGCACCAGCUCUUGCCAGUCUGAGCAUACCACAACGUCCUCAGCAACAGCAGCAGCAACCACAACGCCCUCAACAGCAACAGUUGCCCUCUAUAGAGCUUUCCAAUAUACCAGGCAUUGUAAUUGCUCGUGCAGAGGGACAACGUAUUGCGCCAAAUUCAGCCAGCAGCAUCAUCUCAUCUUUGAUCAAUAAGCCACAAACGAAGAGCACUCAAGCCAACUCCUAUGUGGCGCUUGACGAUUUUCUCAAUAAUAAAUUUGGACAGGCAACCACAGAAAAAGAGAAUGUUGCAAGUCCAGUGACAUUGCAGCAACAGCGGCAGGAACAGUCCGUUCAACAACAUCCACAUCAGAUAGUCCAACAGCAUCAGGAACAACAGGCACAACCUGUGCCUCAGAAGCAACAGCAUCAGAUAUUGCAACAACAGCAACAUUCGCAACAUCAGCAACAUCAUCAACAGCAGCAGCAACAUCAGCAACAUCAUCAACAGCAGCAGCAACAGCAUCAUCAGCCAAAUAAACAGCAACAGCAGCAGCUGACACAGCAAGAGUUGCAACGUCCUUCCAUACAAUCCAUUCAACAGCCCUAUCUAACGGCCAACAUUUUUGUGCCCUAUCAGCAGCAACAGCAACAUUUGCCGCUUUUUCCACCACUGGCUGGAGCAUCAUUAGCAGCAACGACACAUGUUACAGCUGGGCGUGGCCAGCAGGUGGAUCAUUUAAAUGUGCCAUUGCCGGCACUACCUAAUGGUUUGAUACCAGCGCCCACAUUGCAGGUGGCGCAAAAGCGCAGCGAUGUCAACAGCAACCAGCUGAAAUUGACCAGCAGUAAGAAGGAUCAGGGCCAGGAGGUUGCCUUCUAUGCGGGCCGCACAUCCUACGAGGUGCCGCAAAGCAGCGUUGGUCGUCUGCCCAAUGAUAUAACGCAUCUGAGACGAAUACGCCAGCAACGCUAUUGAGAGCAACAUCAGGAUCUUUGAGA